AUGGCUGAGGCAAUGUUAAACACCACUUGCCAGUUUGAAGAUCCAUCUUAUAUUGUAGUUUUGCAUUUCAUAUUCACAACUUUCUCAAUUCCAAUCUAUGGAUUUGCUUUUUGGGUUUUAACAUUCAAAUGUCCGCCAAGAUUCAAAGCUUAUCGAAAUUUAAUUGUUCUUCAAAUUUUCUCCGGAAUAGUACUAGAAUUUCAUGUUGGUGUCAUCUGGAAAGUUAGUCUCCCUCCUCCAUGGGCAACAGUUUGUUCUCAUGGUCUAGCAUCUGAAUACGCUGUAAAUUGCUUCCAAGUAUUUGUUGCUCUUCUGGUUUUCAAUGGAAUCACUUGCUUGUUUUUGUUUUUCUAUCGAAUGGAAAAUGCUUCAAAACAUACAGAACGGUCGAAACUCCACAUGACAACAAAUUUCCUGAAAUAUCUAUUUUAUUUCAUGCUUCUCCCAACUGCCGUUUUGACAAUUCUUGUAUACCCGGAGCUUGAUGAUCAGAAGGAAUACAAAGUGAAGAUGGAAAGGGUUUACUUUCUAUUGAAAUCGGAUUCAAUGCAUUCAUUGGUAGUUCUUUCAGGAAUUUGGGGGACUCCUUUCAUUUAUGUGGUGUAA